AUGACAGUUACAUCGGAAAAGCCAACGGGCGAAUAUCGCCAGUAUUUGCCUGAUUUGAACAUUCCGCGCUUUCAGACUAUGCGCGAACAGGAUGCGCAUGAGUAUGCGCGUGAUUUUAAGACGUUGGCGAGACCGCCGUGGCUGCAUGCGUUGUAUUUGCAUUGGUUGGAGUUGUUGCAGGAGCCGUUUAAGGGUGUUACCAAUGAUGGAACGGUCCGCCCAGGCCUCUUCACACUACAAGACGAAGACGUCCCAAUCGACUCCAUCGUAAACGCCACCCAAACUGUCCUAAACCUCUGCGACCAAACCCAACAAAAAGCCCUCAGCUACCACGUCGACUCCCCCGAAUGGCGCACAUGGUCCAACCCCGAAUUCCUCCUUAGCCCCAAAGGCCUGCGCCUCGACGAAGUCAAGCCCCAACUCCGCGAUGCAAUUCUAACCGUCCUACAAGCAACCCUCUCCCCAGAAGGCUACAGCAAAGCCCUUAAAGCCAUGCGCAUCAACCACUUCCUGGGUGAACUCGUCGAGUCCCCGCGCGUGGUGAACGAGUUCUCGUAUAACUUUGUACUUUUUGGGACGCCCUCGAGUACUCGACCGUGGGGGUGGUCGUUUUACGGACAUCAUUUGUGUUUGAAUGUUUUCUUGUAUAGGGGGCAGAUUAUCGCGUCGCCGUGGUUUACGGGCGCGGAGCCGAAUGAGAUUGAUGAGGGGCCGCAUGCGGGGACUAGGAUUAUGCAGGUUGAGGAGGAGCUGGGGUUGAGGCUUAUGCAGUCGCUGAGUUCGGAGUUGCAGCAGAAGGCGCAGGUGUAUGAGCAGAUGCAUGAUCCUGCUAUGCCGCCGGGGCGCUGGAAUAAAGAUGACCAGCGCCAUGUGUGCGGGGCAUACCGCGACAACCGCGUCGUGCCGUAUGAGGGUAUUAACGUCGGGAGUACUUUCACAGAUACUCAACGCGACCUCCUCUACGGGAUCUUCGAGCAAUACCUCCUCUACCUCCCCAAGCGCUCACGAGAGCUCAAAAUCCAACAAAUCGAGCACUUCGAAUCCGAAACAUGGUUCUCCUGGAUUGGCGGGUUCGGGAACGAAGACCCCUUUUAUUACCGCGUGCAAAGUCCGGUUGUGUUGAUUGAGUUCGAUCACCAUUCUGGUGUAUUCCUGACAAAUGAGGAACCGAAGAAAUUCCAUAUCCACACGCUGCUGAGGACGCCGAAUGGUGGGGAUUAUGGACAUGCGUUGAGGGGGGCUAUCCCUUCUGUAGAGGGGAUUAUGGGGAAGGAAAUCGUGUGGUGA